GUCGCCUGGCACAUACUGUACACGCAACCACACAGUCACACUGUUUGAGACACUGAUUAACCUCGCAGCAAGUCUUUGGACUGGGUGAAGAAACCGAAUAAGAAAACCCGCGCGACAGGGUGAACGUUUAAACUUAACAGAGUCGUGAGGCAAAAGUGUUACGCUUUAAGACACCGUGCCAUUCGGCCAGCUAGUGGCAGCCUCCUUUCGCCCAGAGGGAAUGGAGUCCCAGAGUCAGAGCGAGCAGCAGGAGGAGGUUCCAUUUUACGUGGACAGGGCCUUGGUGAAGCAUGACUCUGAGGCAGGCCUCAAAAGGAGGCAGCAGUCUGUGAGAGAUGGCUGCACAUUCGAUCCGGAUCAGCUGUGGAGCGGUCGAACCAACCCGGAGCCGUUCUGUCACCGCUCCGUCUCCCAGGAGCUGAGGGGGAGGCGCUGCCAGCUUCCCGUCGGGACCUUGCUGAUGGUGAAAGCAGGCAGGUGGCCAUGGUGGCCGGCCGUUCUGAGCCCCGACCCGGAAUCGGGGGAAUGCGUGAAGCUCGGCGGUGAUGGCGGCAUGCAGAAGUAUCACGUGGAGUUCUUGGGAAGUCCGCGCACCCGGUUCUGGGCCUCGCCAAAAAGCACGGAGCUGUAUCACGCACCCUGUGCCAAUCCCAGAGCCAUGAGGGGCUCCCUGAAGCGCUCUUAUGUGAUUGCUAUGGAGGAGGCUGUCCAGAUGAAGGACGUGCCCUGUGAGGUUAGACUUCAGAUGUGUCACUUCAGACCGACAAACAAUCACGCAUUAAAGGCGCGGUCCUCCGCGACGGCAUGCAUGCAGUCGGAACCGCAGGCAGAAACGAUCAUCAUUGGCGGCUUCGUUUUUAAAAGCUGGACACACAUGGAGGAUGCUGUGGGCACAGCGUGCCAUCCGGGCCGCCAGGUGAGGUCUGUGGCCCCGUCAGCUCCCCUUACCCGCUUAGUACACUCGCAAGGCAUUCCGAGAGACCCAGGGCAGACUCAGCAUUCGGCGGAAUGAACCAACCAUUUUACAACUUCUGGCAUUUUACAAUAGUUGAAUUGUUUGAUUAAGAGAUUUUAACCUCAGUUUAGCCUAUCGGAUAACCCGCAAGAAAUGUGUUGUCCUUCAAUUUCUUUUUAAUAGUAUUUAUGGGAAAAAAUGCUUUUGGUCUA